AUGGACAACGGUAACACCAAAGGUGUUGUAGCGGCCGCGGGGGGUGUUGGCGCGUGCGCGGGGCGGCGGGCGGAGGGGCGCGGCGGCGCGGCGCGGCCACGCUGCCUCACUCGGCCGCGCGCCGCCGCCCGACUCGCGCGUCACGACCAUAUUGUCCUGUCACAGCAGUUAUACCGGGAGUACGCGGACCGGGCUGUGGUUCAGUGCUGCCGCUGUUCCUGCGUGUGUUUAGUGUGUGUUGUGUCAGUGCUAGUCGCCGCGCCGCUGGGUGUCGCUCGGACGCCAGCAGACGAGAGUGGUUCAACACAUGAUCACCGGAGGGUGCAUAUAUCGAGCGGCGCUCUGCGCAUGCGCGCCACAGUUUUUCGCUGCAUCUGA